AUGCGGAGACGUAACAAUGAAUACCUGAGACUGCCGACCCGACUUCUUGAUGUCAAACCGUCGGAUGAUCCGAGCAGUAUACGCCUGCAUGUCGUGGAAGAGGCAGACCGGAAGAAGGCAGACCGGAUGAAGGCAGACAAAUAUCGAUAUCUCGCUUUAUCCCACAGAUGGGGCGAAUUCAAGGAGCCUCCGUGGCGUACGCUACAAGAAAACAUCCUAGAACGACGUAUGAAAGGAUUCAAGCUCGACGAGUUGCCAAAGACCUUUCAAGAUGCCAUCGAGGUGACGCGAGAGCUUGGUAUAAAGUAUCUCUGGAUCGAUUCACUUUGCAUCAUUCAGGACAACUCUGAUGAUUGGAAACAAGAAUCAGAGCGGAUGCAUGCUGUUUAUGCUUCAGCAUACUGCACAAUAGCGGCAACUUCCGGUCUUGAUUCAAGUGCUGGCUUCCUUGCAGGGAUAGUGCCUCACGAAAACCUCCUUCUUCAAGAUGAACAAGGACAGCCCAUAGUCAUCUCAACAAAUAUGGCAGAUUUCGAAAAAGAUGUCAAUCAGGGCGGGCUAAGCAAGAGGGCGUGGGUCAUGCAAGAAAGAUAUCUCUCGCCACGGACAAUUCACUUCACCCAUUCAGAAAUUUAUGCGGAAUGUGGAGAGGGCGUAUGUGUAGGAGAUAAUAUCUUCCUACAAUGUAAUGAGGAGACGAAUAAAUUUUUCCGACUUGACCCCCAGUUCCCGGACCGACUUCGAGGCUCUGGUUUCGCUGCCACUUUGAAGUUCCUUCUAUCUAUGCUCGAGGGUUACUCGCAGUGUGACAUUACAAAGUCAUCGGACAGAGCGAUCGCUAUCUCUGGGCUACUGACUCGCAUCGAGCGGGCCUUACCGUGUUCGAUCUAUCAUGGCGUUUUUGCAUGGUAUCUUCACAGAACUCUCCUCUGGAACAGAAGCAAUGGACAGACGACAGAGAAAAUCCGCUAUGAGCUACAAAGCGUGCCAUCAUGGUCCUGGUUGGCAUACCCUGGGCCCAUCGAAUUCUGCACGAGCCACCUCGAUUACAAAUCCCUAGAUGUAUUAAAAAAAAUUGAGGUCCACGGAGGGGCUUUGAAUACCACGAUCUGGGAGAUAACGAACCUUGGUAUAAACAUUUCUAAAAAGGAAAGCGGAGGUGAGAAGUAUCCAUAUCGGCUCAAGGACUCGAAUGGAGAGAGGGGAUCAAUUAGCUUCGAUGAGGAAACUGCGUUUUCCCCAGUACCAAACGUGGCUAUCCUCGCGAGGCAUACGGAUAGGAAUGACAUCCGAUAUUUCGUAAUGUUUGUCGGACCCAGGACCUCACAGGACGGGUAUGAACGACUCGGAAUAGGAAUUCUCGAUAAGGAGUGUAGGUUGCGCGGGAUUGGAAUAGGCAGCAUCUUUUGA